ACACGCGGGGCGUGCCCAACUAGGAGAUACCCUGAACAUGCCGCUACAAGAAUUACACAGCGGCUGCGUAUGCUACCUUGGCCCACGCCGUGGGCAAAGCGUUCUUGAAUAACUUUGACGCUUAUAGUCCGAUUCUAAAUAUGGCAUACAAAAGUGGCAUGUGGUGAAGUGAUAAAAAGUGAAAUAUUUGAUAUCUAUGAAGGUAUUAUAUAUAUAAGGAAGGUAUUUUGUAUUAUCUAGCUUUUGUAAUUUCUGAUGAACUCACACAGACGGACACAGUUUCUGUUCGUCGUCCUGAAAAAAAAUAUAUAGCAAGUCAAUGUCAUCUUCUGCCGGUCACAUACGCUUGCAGAGAACCAUUAUACCCUCUUAAACGAUUUUCAAUGGGUUAAGGCCACAGUCAAAAUGCCGAAUGUUAGGGGUGAUAAGAACGGUGCUCUUUACCUGCAACCAUUUGUUUAACACUGUGUGAUAAGCUACGAAUGGAAUUCUCCGAAAUAAAUAUUGUUCAAUAAUUGUGCCACUACUCAGCCAGUCGAUAGUGGAUCGCGCGGCUGUCUAGGCGACUCUAGAUAUAAAACCUGUGCGGUGGCAAAGGUCAAGCUGAAACGAAAGUGUGAAUUGUGUUCAAAGAAACUAACUGCGAUUCCAUAUUUAAAAAUAAGAAAACAGCCUUUUGCAACCAAAUAAGUUGGCAUUUGGGUGCAAAUUUACUCUUCUGUCGCGGGGGCAUUUGUGCGUGCACGCGUUCCAUUGUUAAUCUUAUCAUUGGCAGCGGCCAGUGCGAUAAUCUUGUUAAGCCUUAAUCGGAACACCUGCUACCCAACAUUCACAUAUAUAUAAAAUGACCGGACAGAGCAAACUUGUGGACGCAGCCAUCAAAUGCAGCUGCCAUGAGUAUGUGCAUCCAUGGACAGCGAGCUGCUUCUGCGGUGCAUGCGGAAUCUUAUUGGCCAGCAUACCCGCCUCCAUGCGUACCUAUAGCAUUGUUUAUCUGCUUGCGCUGGUCAUGAAAAUGCGCAUUCCCAGGCUAUUGGACCUCAAGCACACGAUUAUUGGCAUUUUCAAAUCGACAGCCUUUCUCUCGACGAAUGCCUAUCUUUUCACGCUGUGUGUGUGUCUCCUGCGCCGUCUAUUGGGCGGCUUCUACUUUAGCACAGUUGCCUUUAUGCCCACCUUCAUUGCCAGCUAUGCGGCGCUUUGCAUUGAGCGUCCGGCGCGACGUACGCCGCUGGCAUUGUAUGUGGCAAAUGAGGCCACCGAGGCGCUUUGGAAUAUGCUGGAGUCACGCGGCCUAGUGCGCUCCAUUCCGAAUGGACAAGUCUUGAUACUGGGCUGUAGCUUGACAGCUUUGCUGUUUAUGUACCGCCUGGGCGUGCACAAGGGCGCCAUCAAGGAUGUCACCUUUAAGGCGCUGACAAUUCUCAUGGGCAAGGAGGAGGAAGGUCCAGUUAAGACGCCCGCAGUGACCACCACGCAAAGCCCGUGCCGGCAGCCGCUCAACUUUCGCAGAAUCUCUGCCUAUGUGCAGCUCUACGAUCGUCUGCGCAACGCCAAGCAUCCCAGUUGUCCACAUCGGCAAGGCUGCAGCACCUACGCACUGCUGGGCGGACUGAAGCCCUUCGUGGGCGGUGUGGGACUGCAGGUGGGCUUAAAGCUGCUGUUGAACAUAACCAAGAUAGUCAAACUGAAGAUGGACUGGCGCAAACAGAUCUUCAACAAAGGCUCACUGCAGCUGGGCCUGGCCCUGGGCAGCUUCUCGCUGAUAUUUAAGGCAAUUUCUUGUGGGCUGCGCAAUGUUUGUGGGCAUGACAGCGCCAGCUUUGCCAUACCCGCCGGCCUGCUGGGAUCCAUUGGUCUGCUGCAGUUCCCCAACAUCACCAUUUCGUUAUAUAUUAUGUGGAAAACACUGCAAGUGCUCUACAAUUGGGGCACAGCGGAGGGGGUACUGCCCGAAAUAACGCACUUCAAUAUGAUAUUAUACUCAGCCUGCACAGCGCUGCUGUUCCACUGCGCCAUACUGGAGGCAAACUCUAUUCGGAGUAGCUACUACAAGUUCCUGCUGACUAUUUCGGGCACCAGAAAUGCGCGUUUCAAUGUACGCCCCUUUGAAGCCUACGGAUUGAAAAGCCAGAAUCAGAUUUUCGACACCAUAAAGAGGCUCAAAAUAGACAUGACGUCACCGUUUCCCACUAUGCCGCUGACCGUUUAAUGGCAACUCCAAAUAAUAAUUUUUAGUAAACAAAUAUUUAAAUUAAAAUAUAUAUAUAAUUGCCCGAACAAGCUGCUAUAAUUUGAGAGCUUUAUGCUUUAUGAGAAGGCAUAAAAUGUUUGUAAAAAUAAAUUAUUUAAAAUUAAAUGCUUGUGCCAUGCAAAAAGUGGCCUUAAAGUGGGUGAUCCAUCCAUCACAUGGUAAACGAAGGACGUCGACGGACCACAUCCUCAUUCUCGGCAUCUGGUUGGCCAAAUGCAAAUGGUAAUGGGAGACAAAGGCGAAACGGAGCUCCAGCAGCCGCUCUAGACGUGGCGGCCUAUCCGGGCUACUCAAUUAUUUACAUUUAUAUGUCAUAGAAAUUUAUUGCCCGCCAUAACUCACUCGGCUAGCCGAAAGUGCAGCGUUUAAAAUUUACUAAAAAUAAAAUGAAACUGAAACUGAAAAUGUAAAUGUAAAUAAAAUAAAAUAAAAUAAAAUAAGGCAGCGCUGUCCUUGGCCCAUGAUUAUCCUGCCUGGGUGCGUGCCAAGGGGGGACUUAACAAAUGAA